AGGUUACAGGGUAAAAUCGCAUCGAGGCGUGGUUGAGUCGCUAGAAAUGUCACUAGGACGUGAAGUCACCAUACAUUUAGGUAUCAUGCUGUCCGUUCGCAGGAGCAGGUGCUUUUCUCUACAGGUGUUCAGUCGAUCGUAGACGCGCGCAGUGUUGUUGUGCGUUGCGCUCUUCCUCUUUGGAAGAAAAUUUGGUGUUUGCGUUAAUUUCGUUAGUUAAAAAUAGCUCGUCGUGAAUUUAUCCUUUUAGUGAUAUUGAUAUUUAUUUUUUAACUAACAACUUAGAGAGAGAGAGAGAGAUAAAUAGAUAGAUAGAUAAAUAGAUAGAUAGAUAGAGAGAGAGAGAGAGAGAGAGAGAGAGAGAGAGAGAGAGAGAGAGAAAGAGAGAGAAAGAGAGAGGACUAUCUCCAAUAGAUAGAUAGAUAGAAAGAGAAGGUAUAUAGGAAGGUAGAACGGAGGUAAAACUCCGCGCACAGUAGCGUCGAAAUCGAAAUAACGCGAUAAUGAAGCGAUCGAGGCGCGACGACGUGGCCGAUUUGGUCUAUCGAGAAAGUUGUGAUCGUCGAUGGUGAAUCUUAACUCCUCCUUCGUCGAGAGGAGGACGAAUUUACGUAACGAAGCGAACGGAAGAGGAGAGUUCAAAGAGGAGGAGGGCACCAUGUAUCGUGGCUGGAUAUUAUGCUAAUCGCGUUACGGUCAGAAUGCGGGAGGAAGAACUCGAGUUAUCGCUCAAGGUAAACGAAACAAAUGUGGUGAUAGUUGGUAAUGGCGCUGUGGGAAAAUCUUCAAUGAUUCAGAGGUUCUGCAAGGGUACUUACACGAGGGAUUAUAAGAAGACUAUUGGCGUUGAUUUUCUCGAGCGAGAAAUAGAGGUAGAUGGCGAAGACGUGAGAUUGAUGCUAUGGGACACCGCGGGUCAGGAAGAGUUCGACGCCAUAACGGCGGCUUAUUAUCGCGGUGCACACGCUUGCGUACUUGCUUAUUCUGCUACAGAUAGAAAUUCUUUCGAUGCUAUUCCUUCAUGGAAAUUAAAGGUAGAAAAUGAAUGCGGCGAAAUACCGACGGUACUCGUACAGAACAAGAUGGAUUUAGUCGAUCAAUGUGUCAUCGGUCUGGACGAAGCUGAGAGGCUUGGUCGUGUUCUUGGAUGUAAACUCUUGCGAACAUCCGUAAAGGAAGACGUCGGUGUUAUGAGCGUAUUCCGACAUUUAGCAUCACGAUGUUUACAUGAGAUGCGUAGGAAUGAUAACGAUUAUCAGGACGAUUUAAGGUUGUAUUCUACUGGACCGAGAUCUCCUUCUGUAAUAAGUGCCUUUAGUCCAAACGGAUCAACGUGUUGUCGUAAUAGCGGAAACGGAACGAUUGUUUUAAGGUCAGGAGGUAAAACGAGGAAUCACAAAAAAAAGAAUUUCGUAAAGAGCGCCUGUAGACUACUCUAAUCAAAGAAAUAUUAAUCUAGUAAAGCACUUACAAGUUGAUCGAUUUAGAGUGGCAAUGUGCAACAUAAUGUUAAUAUGUAACUUAUAGAUUAUGCCUGAGUGUUUGUAAUACCACCUCCUCUCUGUCUUUAUUUUUUAAAGAAAAAUUCCGUCCAGGGCGAGUUACAGGAAGAUUUUGAUUUGCGUGUGUGCGUGCGAGUGCGUGUGCGUGUGCGUUCGUGCGUGCAUGUAUGUAUGUGUAAACGCUCGUACAAAAAAAUACAAAAAAUAGAGAGAGAGAGAGAGAGAGAGAAAG